AUGACUUCGAGGGAAAUAGAUCCAGAAUCUGGGCGUUUACUAAACGACCAAGAGGGGCCUUAUGAAUGGAGGUGGGAAUCUCAGUGUUCUGAUGACGAACAAGAUCCGAUUGAGGGGAUUGAUACUCAUCUGAAGGCGUAUGGGAGGCAAAAGGGAUUUUGUUUUGUCCGUCGUUGUGGUUCGUCGAAGAAAUGUACUAGCAGUAGCUUGUCACAUGAUGGGUCUGAAAUAGGAGUAGUAGUUAAACAGAAGCGUAAUUUUAUGUGGACUUGUGAGUGCUAUGGUGAUCGUGAAAGGAAGCGGAAGGUCAGUUGUGAUGAAGGUUCUGAUUUGCUGGUUCUUGUUGGCAGUGGUGUACGCAAGUCAAAGAAAUGUGAAUGUCACGUUCAUAUUUUUGCCAGUGUAAAUGAGAUAGGGAAGUGGGUUAUACGUAGAUCAGUCAUGGGACAUGCAAAUCACCACCCAACCGCGGGUAAGUCCCGAACAAUUGCUGCCUUCCGAAAGCAGUUCAUUGAAGAUAAUCCACACGUAGGUCGGGAAUUUGAGGUGUGUAGGAAGGCUGGAUGGCGGCGAAAUCAAGUGUAUAAUUUGAUGUCAACCAAGAGGAAUGGUAAAGCGCACAUGCCCUUUUCGCAGAAGGAUCUUCAUGAUUACGCUGCUAAACUGAGAAAGGAGAAGCAAGCUGAAGAUGGGCGCUUGCUAGAUGUUCUUUGGGUUGAUGCUCAUAGUAGAGCGGCGUAUGAGGAGUUUGGUGAUGUUGUAUGCUUUGACACCACUUACUUGACUAAUCAAUAUAGAAUUCCAUUUGCGAAUUUUAUAGGUGUAAAUCACCAUGGGCAAAGCAUAUUACUUGGAUGUGCUUUGGUAUCUCGUGAGACAGCCGACACCUUUGAGUGGAUAUUUGGUCAUUGGUUGGAGUGUAUGGGAGGUAAAGCGCCCACUGGGAUAUUGACCGAUCAGGAUGCCGCUAUGAGGAAGGCUUUAAGGUCAACCAUGAGUCAAUCAUGUCAUAGGUGGUGUCUAUGGCACAUUACGCAGAAGUUUUGUGAGAAGCUCGGAAAGAAUGAAGAGUACCUUGAUUUGAAAGAAGAUUUGGAGCAUGCGAUUUAUGGUAGUCUUGAUGCUGAUGAAUUUGAAAUGAAUUGGGCAACUGUGAUGGAGAGGUAUACCCUGUCAAAGAUUGAAUCUGUUUGGCUUGAAGUUGUCUUCCAGAAAUGUUAUACUGAUGCUAAGUUCAACGAGGUUUAA